ACUACUCAAACGAUGGCAGCACCAAACCCAUCAUUCAUGUCAGCACCCCCCGCAAGCCUUCCUCCUCCUGGGAACAAACAGCUCCGUCUCGCAGACCUCAAGUCAUUCGACGGCACCCAGCCCGGAAAGCCUAUCUAUGUCUCUAUCAAAGGCACCGUAUUCGACGUCACUUCCCGCGCAGAAUCGUACGGCCCCGCAGGGGCGUACCAUAUCUUUGCAGGCAAGGACGCUUCCAAGGGCCUUGGGUCUAGCUCGCUCAAGCCUGAGGAUGCGGUGUACGACUGGAGCGGGCUGAACGAUAAGGACAAGAAGGUCCUCGGGGAUUGGUUUAGCUUCUUCCAGAAGAGGUAUCCUAUUGUUGGCUACGUGGCGGACAUCCCUGCCAACCUGAGGGUUUGAGCAUACGAGACGUGAGACGUGUAAUUGUAUCCCUCAGAAAAGUAAAUUGUUGAAAAUGCC